AUGCAAGGCGCUAUUCGCACCGCACGCUAUGGCUGGAAUGUUACUGCAGACUUGGUCAGAUAUAUGCGCUCAGCCAAUUCCUCCGCACAAGUGCCCAACUUUCUGUGUGUGGAGCCAGCAUGGGCAAUCGAUUUUUGUCCAAAUGGGACUUUGGUCGGACUAGGGGACACGAUCUCCAGAAGGAGGUAUGCGGAUACUCUUGAGACCAUUGCAAUAGAAGGUCCAGACGCCUUCUACUCACCCAAAAGUGCUAUUGCGCAAGCCACUAUUGCAGCAUUACGAGCAGCGAAUGGCACCAUGACUUUGACAGACCUGGCGAAUUAUACUGUAGCUGUUCGGCCCGUCAACAACAUCACCUAUGGUGACUACCACAUCUUUGGUACAAGUGCACCAAGUUCGGGUGCCAUCGUCCUGUCGACCCUAAAUACCGUCUCUGGCUAUAACGAUUUCUUUACCGCGGAAACCACGAAUCUCAGCACUCACAGGCUCGAUGAAGCUAUGAGGUUUGCUUAUGCUGCAAGGACGGAAUUUGGGGAUCCAUUGUUCGUGGCUAAUAUGUCACGGUAUGAGCAGGAAUUAUUGUUGCCAGCUACAGGAGUGGAUAUACGUGCAAAAAUAUCCGAUACUCGAACCUUCAAUGUCUCUUACUAUGACCCAUCUGGCCUAGAGUCGCUGGAGACCCCCGGCACGUCCGCUAUCGUGACUGCGGAUGCAGAUGGUAUGGCAAUAUCACUCACUACAACGGUCAAUCUCCUUUUCGGCUCAAAUCUCAUUGUGCCUGAGACUGGGGUGAUAAUGAACAAUGAAAUGAACGACUUCUCCAUACCGGGUUCCUCGAAUGCUUUUGGAUAUAUCCCAUCGCCGUCCAAUUAUAUACGUCCAGGCAAACGUCCGCUUUCCUCAAUCUCACCAGUGAUCGCUGACUUUGGCAUGAACCGAACGCUAUAUUUCCUCACCAGUUCAGCAGGUGGCUCACGAAUCAUCACAGCGAACAUUCAGAAUCUCGUUAAUGUCCUUGAUAAGAAUUUGACAGCCCCACAAGCUCUUGCUCAACCAAGAUUUCAUGACCAGCUCGUGAGUCAAGUCAGUUUUGAGUACACGUAUGAUAACGAGACGACUGCCUAUUUGAGAUCACUUGGUGCCAACAUUACUUGGGUUGCUCCAGGUCAGAGUACAGCUCAAGGUAUAAGAAGAUUACCUAAUGGUACUUUUGAAGCAGCAGGUGAACCGAGACAACUAAACUCCGGAGGGUUUGCUGUAUGA